AGUAUCGAUGUUAAGGAGCAGUUGGAAGGCGCCGGCGGAGCGGAGUAGAUUCUGGCUUCUAGCAGUUACGAGAAGAGAGAGGUUACCUAACUGAUAGCUUCUUAUUCUGGGCUUAUCUUCCACUUGGGAAAGAACUAUGUCAUGGAUCCAGAAAGGACAGUUGUCACUGUGGGAGCGGUUCUGUGCCAACAUCAUAAAGGCAGGCCCAAUACCCAAACACAUUGCAUUUAUAAUGGAUGGGAACCGUCGCUAUGCCAAGAAGUGCCAAAUGGAGUGUCAGGAAGGCCACUCACAGGGCUUCAACAAGCUGGCUGAGACUCUGCAGUGGUGUUUGAACCUGGGCAUUCGAGAGGUGACGGUGUACGCGUUCAGCAUUGAGAACUUCAAACGUUCCAAGAGUGAAGUAGACGGGUUAAUGGAUAUAGCCCGGCAGAAGUUCAGCCGCUUGCUGGAAGAACAGGAGAAACUGCAGAAGUACGGGGUAUGUAUCCGGGUCCUAGGUGAUCUGCAUUUGUUGCCCUUGGAUCUCCAGAAGCUGAUUGCACAAGCUAUGCAGGCCACCAAGAACUACAACCAGUGUUUCCUGAAUAUCUGCUUUGCAUACACGUCUCGUCAUGAGAUAAGCAAUGCUGUGAGAGAGAUGGCCUGGGGAGUGGAGCAGGGUCUGCUGGAUCCCAGUGAUGUCUCUGAGUCUCUGCUUGAUAAGUGCCUCUAUACUUGCCACUCUCCUAAUCCUGACAUCUUGAUACGGACUUCUGGGGAAGUGAGGCUCAGCGACUUCCUGCUCUGGCAGACCUCCCACUCCUGCAUCGUGUUCCAGCCUGUUCUGUGGCCAGAAUAUAUGUUUUGGAACCUCUGUGAAGCCAUCCUGCAGUUCCAGAUGAACCAGACCAUGCUUCAGCAGAAGGCCCGAGACAUGUAUGCAGAGGAACGGAAGAGGCAGCAGCUGGAGAGGGACCAGGCUGCAGUGACAGAGCAGCUGGUGCAAGAGGGGCUCCAGGCCAGUGGGGACGCCCAGCUCCGACGGACACGCUUGCACAAACUCUCAGCCAGAAGGGAAGAGCGAGUCCAAAGCUUCCUGCAGGCCUUGGAACUCAAGCGGGCAGACAGGCUGGCACAUCUGGGCACUGCAUCAGCCUGAGUGAGGCUGGCCUCCUACUUUGCCCUGCCCUCUGCCUCUAAGGCUCCACUCCCCUUUCUUUUCUUGAAGGGCACCUCCCUCCUGAUGAUGAAUUGUGUUCCCUUUGCUUGGCGGGAAGCCCCAGGGGCCAGUUUAUGCUGGUAAUAGAUACAUUUGUGUUGCCUGGAACAGUGACCCUUUGGGAGGGUUGAGGGUGAGUCUCCUACAGGUACACUAAAUACAACUCUCAUCACCAAUAGGUUUGGAGAGCAGGGAGCUCCACCUCUAAUGCUGCCUGCUCCUUCCACCUUUGCCACUUCUACCAGUGCUCCUAGAUGCACUUUCCCCCCUACCAGCACAACCUUCAACACACAAUUGUGGGGAAGAGGCCUCCCCCAAAUCCUCACUCUUUACCCAUCCAUCUUAGCCUUCCAUCCGACUUUCACAAAAGAUUUGGCUCCACCUCAGAUCUGCUGGUAAAAUAGCUAAUAGGCAGCCUGCGUCAUUUGGGCAAGGAAGGAGAGGGGAAGAUGGAAAGAAAAUUUGCCCAUCUGCUGAUCCUCCCCCUCGGCUCUCCACCUGGGAUUUGCUAUUGAAUCUCUACCCCCUCCCACCAGGCAGUGCUGAUUGCUCACUGAAAGGCUCAGCGCCCCCACUGGCGCAGAAGCCAGGCGGGUGAUUACAAUCCAAUUACCUAUUGUCGACUCAGCCCACACAAGCUUUCUUCCUUCUCUUGCAGGGCAUGGGGCCAGACUCCACUUCCCAGUAAGACCAGCCCCCUUAUGGCUCCAGAGUAAAAGAAGGGCUUAUAGGCCCUGGUUUAUCUAGUCCAGCACAGGCCUCUUUCCCUGGAACACAUCAGGACCAAGACCACGGAAAGAAGCAUUUCCCAACUGACUCUCCUGCCCUCACCAUCUCAGACUCUGCCUCCCACCUCCUCAGUCUUUGAGGCUUCUCUCAGCUUUUUGGCCUGGCCCCCCAAGUAGGCCUUACAGACUAUUUAUUCUCAGCAUGUCAGAGUGUCAGCUUGUGAGGGCCAUGGCUGCCCAGCAGGAAGAAGAAUGUUGAGUCAAGGGCUGUCCUUUCCCUUACCUCUCUCUGCCAGGCCUCACUGCAGAGCUGCUGAGAGGAUUAGUGCCUUUGAAGAGCUAUCUGCCUGAGCAACUCUGCUUCAGGUGCCCCAGAGCAGCAGGCACCAGCCAGUUAUACCAACCAAUGGCUACUCUUCAGUCUUUCCAUUUUACUUUCUGCAAACUGUUUCCCCAGCACCUCCCUCUAGGAGAGGGGUGGAGUCUUGAAAGCAGUGCUAAGGUAUACUUUUUAACCCCUGACUUUCCUAUACUCUAGUAUCCUCCCCACCUUCCUGUGCCUAGAUAUUUGGCACAAGAGAAUCAAGUUUAAAUGCCAGGCACUUCGAUUGAGAAGUGGAUCAAUGCACCCUUUGGCAACCCCCCCCUCACACCUGGCACAGGAUUCCCAGAGAGCAGGUGCUGUACAUUUUCCAGCUUUACAAUAGGGCUGUUGACAGCCUUAAUUAGGGAGGCAUGAAUUAUGGGGCUAUAAUGCAGAGCCCUACAAUUAAGGGAGUGAGGGGAUAGAGGCAGCAAACUGGAAUCUGCCUUGUGAGCAUGACAGUCUGCGUUUCCCCUAAUACGAUUUGGAUGCAGAAGUGAUUAAUGGGGCUGGUAUCUCUCUUUGGCCUGAGGUCCUGUAUUCUGGGAAAGAUACCAGGGUGAGAUAGGAAGGAGCUGCCCCAGGAGCACUGUAGAGGUGGAAAGGAGAAGCUGAGGGGCCUCUGAUGUGCAGGAGCAGAAGCUGCAAAUAGUUGAUUUGAACUCAUUGUGGUUGCUUUCUACCAAUAUGACUUGUACCGACCAGCUUCAAACCUUGCCUCAAUAAACUAGGUGGAACCUAUUUAAAUGUCCUCCCACCUGUGAGCCAAGCCCCCACUUGAGGAUAUUUAUCGUGUUGUGUUCUCCUGGGUGUCAAAUAGAAACUUAAGAAUUCUUAGAUGCAAAACUUGUUUGCUAACAGUGAGAUGGAAGAAUACCCUGUGUUGUUGCUGCAAUUGUC